GAAAGCGAGCGAAUUGGCGAGUUAAAGAGAGCAAGAGGGGGCAGCCUGCCAGUGAAUGGUAACACAGGAUCAACCCUCAGCCUACGACAGACACACAUACACACACACACUCACAUGCAAACAUGCUGGAAUGAACAGACUGAAUUCCGGUCGGCGCUUCCCAUCUAAAACCAUCAGCAGAAGAUAACCGGAUCAUAAUGGAGGAAGAAACCCUGCUGCGAGAGAGACUGCAGGCUAUAACAGACAAAAGAAGAAUUCGAGAGGAAAUAGAAAAGAAACGAAGAAACAUUGAAGAAGAGAAAUUAAACCUACAAUAUCUAAAGAAAAAAACUCUCCGGGAGCAAUGGCUGAUGGAUGGACUGAGCACUUUAACCGAAGAGGAGCAGGAGUUGGCGAAGGCCCAGACUGAAGACAACCAACAGCAGACUAAAGUCCUGCAGAGCAACAUCCACAGAAUAGAGCUGGAGAUUGCGGCCCUUGAGACCCAAGAGCUGGAGAUUUCAGUGAAAGAAGAGCUUCUUCUGAAACAACUGAAGGAGGUGGAGAAAACCCCGGCGGACAUCAUAAAGGGAGCUACUAUUGAGCUUGAAGAGGUGGAGAGACUGGAAGAGAUUGCAGGUUGUUCUCAUCCAGAGAAUCCAGAGCAUACAGAGCUGAAGUCCCUGUCUGAGCCUGUAACCAUGGAGACAAGUGAAAACUCCGGCACAGCAAACAUAAUUGACUGUGAAAUGGAAGUCCUGGAGACUGAGUUACCUGAGAGCAAGGACACAGCAAACAACAACGAUGAACAAGUCUGUUAUGACGCUGAGGUUUUGGAGUCCAUUAGCACAAAAGUUGUGGCAGACAUUUUAGCAGGCUUACCUCCUGCGGAGACUAAGGCUGAGGAUCCUGAAGACCUUUGUGAUCCGAAAGAGGCACUUGUCUUGGAGGACACUCAAGAAGAACUUAAUCGAAAUGAGUCGAUUACGUCUUCGAUAUCUGACACUCCCUCAAGUGCUGAGAGUGUGUGUGAGAAUGAUGUCAGGCAUGAGAGGCAAAAUUCACCAAGACAAGAACCAUUGGAGGACAUUGCACCCCAACCCGAUGAUGCUGUUGGUAAUGGAGAUAUCUCAGACCCAUUGGGUAUAGACUCCCAGGAAGCCAUCUUAGAAACUUUUGGAUGUGAAGAUCCUGAAGAAACUAUCCUCGAGCACUACAUCCGAGAGGAAGUUCUGUCAAACGCUUCCACAGAGUCCUGUCAUGACCCGGACGAACUGGAUGAGUGUCUUCGGGUUGAAAUAGCUGCAGCCUCAUCAGACAGUGAAACAGAUGAUAAAUGGAGGUGCAUCUUCUCUUCCUCCAUAAAUAGGGAGGAUGAUGAUUCCUACAUUGACAGUCUGAAGCUCAGCGCACAAGAACUCUUUAUUCAGAAAUCUGAAGUUCAAGAUAAUGAGGAAGAAUCAAAGGAAAUUGAAGAGCCAGAGGUUCCGGUUGAAGGAGAAGUGCUGGAGCAACCAGAAAACGAGCCAGAUCAGCAACCACAAGAGAUUUCUUACAAUCCGUCCACACUAUACCAUGGCUUGUCCAAGAUUUCUGAAGAUGAUGAAGAACUUGGACGAGUCUCAGCAACCCACAAGAGCAAUUCCUUUGAUUCAGUCAAAUCUGAUUCCAGCAAAAAGGUGCCGAAAGAUUAUUGUGUGAUUCAGGAAAUGAAAAGCGAGAAUGUUAGCACUGAACAUGUGGACUUUAAAGUUGCUCGUCAACAGUGGCUAGAGAUUGAAGAGCAAACUAAAAACUUGAGUCACCAUCCAAGCACACCAACAGCUCGAUCUGGCACCUGCCAAGGUAGUCACAAUUUCAUGUAUACGCCUGUCCGCAACAUUGACAGGUCGAAGAGGGAUCUUGAGAGCUUGACCCUUGUAGAGGACUAUGCGCACACCCAGUUCAGCCCUUGCUCUGAAGAUUCAGGUCUAGAUGACUCUAGCUACAAAUCACCAUUCGAUGACCCAGAAACCCCAAUUGAGAAAGAGAUUCGCCUAACCAUGGAGCGUGAUGAAAACUUAAGGCGUGAGAGAGUGAUGUCUAAAUCAUACUCCAGUGACUGUGUACAGCUGAGAGCAAGAUCUGCCAGCUUGAACCCCGGAACAUUAUGCCAAGAAGUUGAUGAGAAUGAUGACGAGGGAAUUAAAUCCAAAUUGCUCAACAACACGACUCCAUCUUUCAUCAUUACCUCUUCGCCAACCAAAGGCUCACAGAAACAAGACUUGGCCACCAACAGCGUUAUCAUCCUUGAGCCGGAAGCUCCAAGUCCACGGCAUGGAAAGAUGGUGUCCUCCAAAUCUGCUGACUGGAGACCUGAAGACACUCCUAAUGUCAUCAUUCUGGAGACAUCCAACCUCAUUAUUCGAAGUGCGUCAGAUUUCAACUUGAAUUCUGUCUCGGAGGAAACCCAGGAAAAAAUGUUCCUCAACAACCCAUUUUUUAAGCUGCGGUCCAGGAGUACAAUAUCUCUUGUUGAUGAGGAGAUUAAGCAGGUGAAGCAGAGAGAAGAGGAACUGAAGCGUCAAAGGGCCGGCCUUUACACAAAGGAGCACUUCCUGAUGUCUCCAAACCGUUUGGACAGCUCAUUGUUUACAGAUGAUGUGCCAAUUAAAUGCAAGUCAUCCCCUUCGUCUCCAAUGAAAACAUGCAGAAUGGAUCGUUCGGCGUUGUCUUGCGAUCAUCGAUUUCCUGAACCCUAUACUAGAGCCCGCCGUAAAAGUGCCAUGGCUCUGCGCUGGGAGGCAGGGGAGUUCGCGAACAAUGAGUAAAAACACAAGAUGGACACUAAUAAUCGUCAAUUUGCAGCUGUUUUACGUAACAAAAAUUUUCAACGCUCAAACUUGUUUGUUUAUUGUGACAGCGUAUUACACUUGCUACCGCUGCUUGUGUGACUUUGCUAUUGAUCCAGAAAAAAAAAAUCUGCAUAAGCCAAGAUGCCUAAAUGUUAUUUGAAUGUACUGUUUCAUGCAUAUUUGUGAUUCCUCUUGAGGAUAAGGUUUCCAGAGAGACUUAUAAACCAUAUUUUUAGUGUUUUGUCUAUAAAGAUGAGGAGAAUAUGUACUGUAUAUUCAUACUGUAUUUUCUUUUAAGGCAAUGUUUGUUUGUAUAUCCCUAAAUUAUAUGAAAGUACACGAUACUGCAGGGUUUUCGGAUCAAUUCCAAAUGUAUACAAAAUGAAUGUAUUUUGCCUGAUAGCUCAGAAAAACAAACCAAUUUGGUAUCUUUUAAUCAAAGGGACUUCAAGAUUGUUUCCUUUUCUAGAGAAUUAAUCAGAAAUUGAUUGCAUAUAGGACGUUUUUGAAGGUUUUGCAUCAAGAUAACAUUUUUAAUACUUCAGUAUGAAAAAAAAACUAGUAAUUCUAUUAAUCAGUAUAAAACUGACUCGUUGCUUUGUUGUCCACAGAAAAUGUGCAUAUUUAUGUCAAAAACAGUAUUGCUUGCUUUUGAAUCCAUGUCAGUCUCAAGAAAAUACCUGCUUUGCAUACCAUUUGAAUAAUUAUGUGUUAAAAAUGCGAAUUCAGAAAUAAAUGUCAAUUAAAGGCUAA